UUAUACGGCGUGAAUCAGAGAUGAUGUUCUCCGUGUAUGUAUUAACCAUUAUCUGCGGUGAUCCGGUUUGAAUUCAGACCCGGACUCACUUUUAUACUCACGUGGAUCUUUUCUAAUGGAAUGUCAUCGUUAUAAACUCGGUUCCUGAGCGUUCGGGUUGUUUGUGGCGGAAAUUUGCUCCUGCACGCGCCCGGUGAUGGUCGCACAUAGAGAACCGGAGGAGCGGCUAUGAUUUAUGCGCUCGUGCGGUAAACCCAUCCACAUCAUCACUUUACUCUGUUAAUAUCGUGGUCAAGAUAAACUUACCGAAGAUUCGAUACACAAACGCUGAAUAACACAGUAGUUAUAGAAGCCCGAUGACGACAAUCGCACAAACAACUGUUUUUACAGUUAAGUUACUUUCGCUAAUCUAAUCCCGGAGUGCCAACUCAUCAGAGUGCGACACACCCGUAAGAUAACCAGGCAUGACCUCACCUGAACAACUAGACAUGGAGCUCAUGACCCCUCUGAUGGAGGAGGCAGGCAGUGAAGAAGAGGAUGCGGAUGACGAUCACAAGCAAAAGUCACAAGGCAUCACGUUUACUCAGACUUUGCUGCAUCUUCUUAAGGGGAAUAUCGGCACUGGGCUGCUCGGUCUUCCCUUAGCAGUGAAGAAUGCUGGGAUAGUGCUUGGUCCGGUUAGUCUGGUGUUGAUGGGUGUGGUUUGUGUUCACUGCAUGCACAUCCUGGUCACUUGCAGCCAUCAGCUCAGCGAACGGUUUAAACGGCCUCCCCUCGGUUAUAGUGACACAGUCGCUGUUGCCAUGGAGACGAGUUCGUCCCAGUGCCUGAGGAAAGGUGCUCAUUUUGGGAGACAGUUGGUGAAUUUCUUCCUGGUUUUGACCCAGCUGGGCUUCUGUAGCGUAUACUUUGUGUUCCUGGCAGAAAAUAUCAAACAGGUGAUGGAAGGUGCCAUUUCAAACACAUCAAUGGAGACUGUGAUGUUAUACUCCAAUAGCUCUGAGUUGGGCGCCAUUUCUUCGGAUCCACCCUCCGUCGCCGUGGUGAUAGGGCUGGACCUGCGGCUAUAUAUGGUCUUCCUCCUUCCGUUCAUCAUCGUCCUGACCUUCAUCAGAGACCUGAGGAACAUGGCCGCUCUCUCCGCCAUAGCCAACCUGUGCAUGGCGGUCAGCAUCUUUCUGAUCUUCACAUACAUCCUUUAUGAUUUAACCGAUCCCAGACAACUGCCGUACGCUUCCACGUGGCGGAAAUAUCCUUUCUUCUUUGGAACGGCCAUCUUUGCUUUUGAGGGAAUUGGAGUGGUUCUUCCUUUAGAAAAUCAAAUGAAGGAUUCAAAACGCUUCCCGCAAGCUCUUAACAUUGGCAUGGCUGUGAUGAUAGUUUUGUACGUAACCCUGGCGACGAUGGGGUAUCUUCGGUUUGGAGAUGAGAUCAAAGGAAGCAUCACACUUAACCUUCCACAUGGCUCUUGGUCCAAUCAGCUGGUGAAGAUCUUGUACUCAUUCGGUGUGUUCGUGAGUUACGCGGUGCAGUUUUUCGUGCCGGCUGAGAUUCUGAUUCCACCCGUGUGCGAGCGGGUCAGAAAGACCUGGAGACGGGCCGUUGAUCUCAGUCUUCGUGUGCUGCUCGUCUGCCUCACCUGUGUAACGGCUGUCCUGAUACCUCGAUUAGACCUUGUGAUCUCAUUGGUGGGUGCAGUGAGCAGCUCGGCGCUGGCGCUCGUCUUUCCUCCUCUGGUGGAGCUCAUCGCGUUCCCCAGCCAACCCCCUCCUCCUUUUCUCCUCCUCAAAGAUCUCUCCAUCGCUGCCUUGGGCUUUAUCGGCUUCCUGACAGGAACCUAUGUGACGGUUGAGGAGCUUAUUUAUCCAGACGAUCAAGGACAGGCCCAUCUCCGUGACGAUGGGAACUGGACCACACCCACCCUACUGCCCUAAUGACCAUAAACAGAGGACCAGAGGAUCACUUUAAACACUAAAGGCGUUUAACAGUGGUGCACAAACACACAUCCAGUAGGAGGUGUAUAAUCUGAGGUUUAGGACCAACAGCCUGUCCCUGUCCUAUAAGGGUUGAGCCUUUUUUAUUGCUCAAUUAUUUUUAUUCGACAAAAACGACAGGUGCGUUGAAUUGCAUAUGUGGAUAAGUGAAUGAUGGCGUGAGUGGGAAAUAUUUUCUCCACGCAGGCAUAUGGAUUUUCCGUGACUCCACCCUAUUUGUAGGCGGAAUGGUUGUUACUCAUUCCGGUCUCUAGGAGCAUUAUGGGAGAACAGGAGAGAAAUAUUGCACACUAUAAUAUAGACUCUGAAAAAUGUACAUAUAUUUGCUGACCUUAGAGUUAUUAAUAAACUAAUAUUUUCUCUGAAAACUUGUGAAGUUUGUGAUAAUUUUUUAGGAAUUAUGCUAAAUAAGGAAUGUUUGAAAUUAUAAAACCUAUUUAAAUGUUAAACCUAUUUAAAUGAAAUAAAGCAUUUAUAUUUUAAA